AUGUCUCCUCCAGCAGCUAUCUACGAGUCAACAUCCCCUGUCAUGACCACCAACGGUCUGAAGGGCAAGCUGGCUCCUGAAGUCAUCUCCCUUACCGGCCAGGACCAGCAGGCUAAGCUGUUGGAACAGUUUGCUGGCAAAUGGGACAGCUUCAAGUUUGCCCCGAUCCGCGAGAGCCAGGUCUCUCGUGCUAUGACUCGUCGCUACUUUAACGACCUUGACAAGUAUGCUGAGAGUGACAUUGUCAUUGUUGGUGCCGGUUCUUGCGGUCUCAGUACCGCCUACGUACUCGGCAAAGCCCGCCCAGACCUGAAGAUUGCCAUUGUCGAAGCUAAUGUUUCUCCCGGCGGUGGUGCCUGGCUGGGUGGACAGCUAUUCUCAGCCAUGGUCAUGCGCAAGCCUGCGGAUGUCUUCCUCAGUGACCUCGGCGUUCCGUACGAGGAAGACGAAUCCAACCCCAACUAUGUUGUUGUUAAACACGCAGCCUUGUUCACAUCCACCCUUCUUUCCAAGGUCCUCUCCUUCCCGAACAUCAAGCUCUUCAACGCUACCAGCGUCGAGGACCUGAUUACCCGACCUGGCCAGAACGGUAUUCAAGACGUGCGCAUCGCCGGUGUCGUCACCAACUGGACUCUGGUCACCAUGCACCACGACGACCAGUCCUGCAUGGACCCCAACACCAUCAACGCUCCCCUCGUGAUCAGUACCACCGGCCACGAUGGCCCCUUCGGCGCCUUCUGUGCCAAGCGGCUCGUUUCCAUGACCGCAAUCGAGAAACUCGGCGGCAUGCGCGGCUUGGACAUGAACUCCGCCGAAGACGCCAUCGUCAAGAAUACCCGUGAGGUCACCAAGGGUCUCAUUAUUGGCGGUAUGGAGUUGUCCGAGAUUGAUGGCUUCAACCGUAUGGGCCCGACUUUUGGCGCCAUGGUUCUUAGUGGUGUCAAGGCUGCUGAGGAGGCUCUCAAGGUUAUUGAGGACCGCAAGCGCGAAUGUGCUGAGUAG